AUGGAGGCUGGGAACCGUCGGUCUGCGAAGCCGGCUUCAAACAGCUCUUUGCGAAAGAUGUCGGCCAAGGAAAUCAGGUCCAUGAAAAGGGCCCAGAAGGCAGCCACCAAAGCGUACAAUAAGAUGAAGGAGGCCCGCGAAGAGAAGGUGACCGACACUGGGGACACUGGGGACAAGGAAAUGCCUGAGCCUGCAUCAGUGGCUACGGUUGAUCAAGCUCUCUCAGCUGAUUCCAAACACCGAGCGCGCCCGCAGAAGGCCAUUUCCUCCAAGACUCCCAAGCCUGUGCCUUCGCAGCCUAAGCCUUCUGGCGGCAAGAAAGGUUCCAUUCGAGAAUCUUUUGCACGCAGCGGCCGCAUAGAUCCUGAAGCAGCACCUAUUCUGCCAGCGACAACAGCCAGGGCUGAGGGGACCUCUGGUACUACCGGUGGCUCCUCUCGUACACAAGCUGAAGCCUCUUCCUCUUCCUCAAUGGUGCCGCCCGGGCAGGAUGACAUCAUGGUACAACGACAGCAGCAGCUUCUAGCCAUGCAGCAAUACGCCGCCAAAAGACGUGCACAGAUCAAGCAACAGGCCCUCUUGGUGCAGCAAAGGGCUGCUGAUGAUGCUGCAAAUUCGACUGCUACAGCUGGAGACUCUACCGCAGAACCCAUCGAACGAGUCAACUUCACCAGCUACGGUCUUUGCCUCAACAUUCUCCGGAUGUUCACAUUAUGA